GGUAAUUUUAUUAUGUUUAUUUUAUAAUAUAAUAAAGAAGGAGGUAGGUGACUCUUCCAAGGGCACAGAAAGAAUGCAUGGUAGAUUCAUUAUCUGAACAUGUAUUAAUGUCUUUUCCUUCAUCUUUCCCUGAUUUAGAGACCUUGGAACCAUUGGCCACUACCCAAGAGAGAGCUUCUCUAACAGAAUUUGUGCAGGGAAGAAUUUCUGAUAUUGAACUCACUGUUCAUGGUUGACUGUCUCUUGUCUUCAAGAAGCAAGGAUGUCUUCUGAUGCCUGAAUAACACUGAUGGAGAACAGUACAGAAGUGACACAGUUCAUCCUCCUAGGACUAACCAGUGCCCCAGAACUACAGCUCCCCUUCUUGAUCAUGUUCACUCUCAUCUACUUCAUCAAUGUUUCGGGAAACCUGGGCAUGGUUAUUUUGGCUCUCUGGGACUGUCGUCUCCACACUCCCAUGUACUUUUUCCUUGGUAACCUGUCUCUGGUGGACUUUUGUUAUUCUUCAGCUGUCACUCCCACAGUCAUAACUGGGCUCCUUUUAGGAGACAAGGUCAUCUCCUACAAUGCAUGUGCUGCUCAGAUGUUCUUUUUUGCAGCCUUUGCCACUAUGGAAAAUUUCCUCUUGGCCACAAUGGCCUAUGCCCGCUAUGCAGCCGUGUGUAAACCCCUACAUUACACCACCAUGAUGACAACGAGUGUGUGUGCAUGUCUGGCCAUAGGCUGCUAUGUCUGUGGCUUCCUGAAUGCCUCCAUCCACAUCGGGGAAACGUUCAGUCUCUCUUUCUGUAAGUCCAAUGUGGUCCAUCACUUUUUCUGUGAUGUUCCAGCAGUCAUGGCUCUGUCUUGUUCUGAUAGACAUGUGAAUGAGCUGGUUCUUGUUUAUGUAGCCAGCUUCAAUGUCUCUUUUGCCCUCCUAGUUAUCCUGAUAUCCUACCUAUUCAUAUUUAUCACCAUCCUAAAGAUGCACUCAGCUGCAGGACACCAGAAGGCUUUGUCCACCUGUGUUUCUCACCUCACUGCAGUCUCCAUCUUCUAUGGAACUAUAAUCUUCAUGUACUUGCAGCCCAGCUCCAGUCAUUCCAUGGACAUAGACAAAAUGGCAUCUGUGUUCUAUACUAUGGUCAUCCCCAUGCUGAACCCUGUGAUUUACAGCCUGAGAAACAAGGAGGUGAAGAGUGCAUUCAAGAAACUUGUUGAGAAAGCAAGGUUGUCUCUAGGAUUGUAAAUUUAAUGUACUAACCAUAAUAACCUAGUUUCAUUCUGCUGAGAUAUUCUCCAUGGCCUGAAUCACAUUUUAAGACACACAUGGAAGUUAAGUUCCAAAAAUGAUACUGUUAACUCUUCAAAAGUGUAUUGUCUGGGAAAAAUAAAAUAUUAUG